UAAAAUAAAAUAAUUAUUUUUUGUUACUUAAAAUACGAUCGAAAAGAAUUAGAGAUUAAGAACAACGUAAUAUAUAUAGGUCAACAUUUUGCAAUCAAUUCUACAGAUUAAAUUAAUAUUAAUUUAUCUAUCAAUGAUUUAGUCUUAUCAAGUGGUAUCUACAGUAUUUUGUUAGCAUAGCUAGAAAUUAUGGCUUAUUAAUUUUUUAUUGUUUAACCAUAUACACAUACAGAAAAAUAUUGGAUAUAAGAAUUAUAUAGAAUUUCGGUGCAAUAAGAAAUUUCGGUGCAAACAAUUUUGCUUGAUUUAAUUGACAAUUAAGCUAAUCAAUCAAUGAGUAUAUAUUGAAUAACACUUAUUGAGUAACAUUUACAUUAUUUUUUUUAGAAAAUAUUUGUAACAUGUUUCUUUUUUAUCCGAUUUACAAUAAAUUUUAACUUUUUUAUUUUUCCAGUAAAGAAAAGCCUCGCAAAAAGAAGUGAAAGGUAUAAAAAUAGAAAUAAAAAUUAUAUCGAAAACGAGAAAAACUUAAAAAUUGUGCUUUGAGCUAUUGCAAAAUUUAAAUUCGAAAAGAAAUUGAAGAGUCGCGCGCUUUCGGUCGUCGAGGGAAAGUGCUGUAUGCACAAAUCAUUCAUUUCCUUAAAAAAUUCACAUAUUCUUAAUUAUUUUUUAUUUAGAAUAAGUGCAACAUUUCUGCAUAAAAGGACAGAGGUGUCUCAAUUGAUGCUGACCGAUACAAGGAAACCGUUAAGUUCGCACGGACGGCAAAAAGAUGAGAGAAAAACAGGUGUAGAACCACACGGGCGGAACCGACGGAAUUUUUCUAUCGGUAGAAAACGCGAGUUUCCUUGUUGAGAGACUUGAGAGAGGUUUCUCUCGCGAAGGUGAUCUCUGGAUCUCUCCUCUACUAAAAUAUAUCAAUCAUCAUCACGGCAUACUCGCGCGAUAGUCGCGUCGCGAGACUCGCGGGUGGCUGCGGGUGGCACUGUGGCAGUGGGAGUGGGUGGCAGUCGCGCGUGUAGCUUUCAUUGCUGCGUCGAUUCUUUAUCAUCGUUUUUUUCCCCGUCGAGGUGGGAGAGUUUCCCGUCGACGGGGCGCAAAUCUCGAAAUUUCCUGGCCACCGCUGCCGCCGCUGCGCGGCGAUGACGGGUGAACGCGUCCGUUUAUUUACCGCCUGCGAGGUCUGCCACGUAGGACGCGCGGCGACGAGGUGAGAAUUGAGGUUAAGUCUAAGACGUGAGGGAGGCCGGCGGCGCGAGGAGUCGGCCCGCGAGACAUGGUCUUCCUCUCGCGAAGAUGAGGCGCAACGUGAUCAGCCUGGUCAAGUUUCUUCUCCUGGCGGCGUUCACCGUGUUCCUGACCGUCGUAGUGUUCCGGUACGCGCGAUCACCUCCCAACAGCCGUCGGCUCGAAGCCGCGACGUCGUUCGACAACCUGGCGACGGCCGCGGUCGCCGUCGAUCCGAGAGAUGACGGCAAUCGAGGGAACGACGAGCAUCAGGAUGUAGACGACAAAAUUGAUUGGCAUGAUUACAAGAAGAUUGAGGAAGAAGAAAAACGAACAGGAAUGGGAGAACAUGGGAGACCAGCCUUUCUUUCCCCAUCCCUUGACGUACGAAAGGAAAAAUUGUAUCAAGUAAAUGGAUUCAAUGCGGCUCUCAGUGAUGAGAUCUCAAUGAAUCGUUCAGUGCCUGACAUUCGCCAUCCAGAUUGUAAGAAGAAGAAAUACUUGAAGAACCUGGAUUCCGUUUCUGUGAUAGUAUCUUUCCACAACGAGCAUUUCAGCACGUUACUGCGAACCUGCUGGAGCGUAAUUAACCGUUCGCCGCCUUCCCUCUUAGAAGAGAUUAUAUUGGUUGACGACGCCAGUACGAAAGUCGAGUUGAAAAAGAAGUUAAACGAUUACGUUGCUCAACACUUGCCGAAGGUAUCGAUCGUGCGAUUGCCAAAACGCUCGGGACUGAUCAGGGGCCGACUGGCGGGCGCGAAAAAGGCGAGAGCGAAAGUUCUCGUGUUCCUGGACUCGCACAGCGAAGCUAAUGUAAACUGGUUGCCGCCGUUGCUAGAGCCCAUCGCGCAAGACUACAAAACCUGUGUUUGUCCGUUUAUUGAUGUGAUAGCUUACGAGACUUUCGAAUAUAGGGCGCAGGACGAGGGUGCCCGAGGUGCGUUUGAUUGGGAGUUGUAUUACAAGCGGCUUCCAUUACUCCCGGAAGACCUAAGAAAACCUGUGGAGCCGUUCAAGAGUCCUAUAAUGGCAGGCGGUCUGUUCGCGAUCAGCGCUAAAUUUUUCUGGGAACUGGGCGGUUACGAUCCAGGCUUAGACAUAUGGGGUGGUGAGCAGUACGAGUUAUCCUUCAAAAUAUGGCAGUGCGGCGGUCAAAUGUAUGACGCACCGUGUUCCCGAGUCGGUCAUAUCUAUCGUAAAUUCCCGCCAUUUCCUAAUCCCGGUCGUGGCGAUUUCUUGGGAAAGAAUUACAAGAGAGUCGCCGAGGUGUGGAUGGAUGAGUAUGCGGAAUACAUCUACAAGAGGCGGCCGCACUUACGGGCGUUGGAUCCAGGUGAUCUGUCGAAACAGAAGGCUUUACGCGCGAAAUUGCACUGCAAACCGUUCAACUGGUUCAUGGAGAACAUAGCUUUCGAUCUCGUAGAGGUGUAUCCGCCCAUCGAACCGGACGACUUUGCCUAUGGGGAGAUCAGGAACAUGGGCGCGACCGAGCUAUGUUUGGACUCGAAGAAGCGGAAGAGAGACGAGCUUGUCGUGAUGGACACUUGCAUAAAGGACGAUCCGAAAGUGUCGGGCGAGCAAGAGUUCCGACUAACUUGGCACAAGGACAUCAGACCGAAGGAUCGCACGGAUUGCUUGGACGUAUCCAGAGGCGAGGAGAAAGCACCAGUGAGCCUGUAUCCCUGCCAUGGAAAACAGGGCAAUCAACUAUGGCGCUAUGACGUCGAGAAGCAGUGGCUGCAGCACAGUUAUUCGUCCAGGUGCCUAGACACCGAUCCAGGCAGUAAGAAAGUGUUUGUAACUGCGUGCGACAAAUCGUCACUUACUCAGAAAUGGCGAAUAGAGCAAGUUAACAUGAAAGCGAUCAAUAAUUGGGAGAACAUAGGACCUAAGCUCAAGUGAACACUCUUCCCUCGUGCUGCCAUAAUGUCUCUUGAACAGUAGGCUCGCGCCAAAUUCCUAUUUGUUAUAGAAAUCUAGGAGAGAUUCCUUUAUUUCUGGUCACUAGUCAUCGCAAAUUCCAAUUUGAGCAACGUGCUGCAUUUAUGUUAAUAAUUAAUAAAUAAUAAGACUCGAUAAACGCGCGACCCAGAUAAUUUUGCAUGUAGCGUAAGGCGAGAAAUUUUCGUUUCUUAGAUAUGCAGACUGGACAGCAAGUCAGGGUGUUACUACUAAGAAAAAUCGAGAAAACCUGGAAUUUUCAAUGAAUUGAUUUUUUAUCUUGGAAAAUCAUGAAUUUUUAUGAGAUUUUAUUAAUACUUAAAAGAAAAUUUUGGGAAUAAACUUUUUUAAAUUUGAAUUGUAUUUUUUU